AUGUAUGUUCCUAUGUUGAAUUUGUCAAUUGGUUAUUUUUUUAUACUCUUUAUUCAAACGAUUACUUGUGCAUCGCCAUGUAUCUACGAUGUUGGAAAUGGUCAACAAUUAGAUGUUCGUACGUUAGGUAAUGCAAAUGGAAAAACACCAAAAUAUGAUAAUAUACCUACUACAAGUUCUAUACCACAUAGUUUAAGUUGGAAUGGAUGUUUUUCUUAUAAAAAGUCGGAUGGUGGUGAUUGUACUAAUGCUGCAGCAUGUUUUACUGAUACGAAAACAGGUAUAUCAAAUGUGAUUGCAAGACAAAGUGAUGCUGUAUUUGAAAAACAUGUCGAUGAAAAUCUACUUGCUUAUCAAUCACCUGAUUUUCUUCUACUUGUCCAUUUAACGUGUCGUGAUGCUCAUGAAGACACAAUAACUAGUCGUCAAGAUGGCCCAACGAUAUAUGAUAUCUUUCUUACAUCUCGAUGUGCUUGUCCUGGAAAAUGUCACUAUUCCGAUGGAUCUAUGAGUGGUGGUGCUGUUUUUAUUAUCAUAUUACUUGUACUUCUUUUCGUAUAUAUUGUUGGUGGAAUGCUCUUUUUAAAAUAUUCACGUGGUGCUACAGGCGCAGAUAUAAUACCAAAUCGUGUAAUGUGGUUAAAUGUAAUGUCAUAUGCAAUUGAUGGAACACGUUAUAGUAUUCAAAUAAUUCGACAGAAAAGUUUUAAUGUUAAUUAUGAAAAACUAUGA